AUGCUGAACUAUGUGGCUGACACCGAACAGAUCAACGGCAGAGCUCAGCUCGAAUUCCAAGGCCGCAAGAUGUUGUGCGCCUUGACCCACAAUAAGAACUUGAUCUGGGCGACGUUUCUCGACGAUGGAUGGUCUAACGAACCCGAGAUGUACCUUCACAGCAAUCCAUCACUCGAACUCGAUGAUGGUAACGUUGCCAUGAAUGACAUCGACUACUCCACGAUCACGAAACGGUUCGGAAGCUAUGUCAGACCGCACAACUUCCACGGCAUCGCCAUUAGCGUUUGGUACUCCAUUGGUGGCUUCGAGCUCCUGACCAAUGCUGAACUGGAGGAGCGUGUAUCUGACAUGAUCAACAAUUCUAUACUAGUAGAAUCGACUUACGCCGACGACUCCAACGACGGCUCUGACACGCCAACGAGUCAGGAUGUCUUUCAAGGAGUUGGCUUCGAAGCUGCAAACGAUGAAGCCAUCGAGAUUGAAACGUCGGAGGUCGAAGCCAUGGAAGUUGAGGCCAUGGACGACAAUUCCUGCGACGCAGCUGAGAAUGACGUCGAGAGCAUGAAUGUAGAUACCGAUAGUAACAUCGAUGGACCUUAUAGCACUUCUAAUUCCGAUACCGAGCCUGAUGAAUUGAAAGAGCCAUCUUCAGCCACCGUUAACACGACUCGUAACGAGGCGUCUCUCGGCGACCACGAGCAUAACGAAGCCAACAGUCGAGAGCUUCGUGACAAAGCAGAGCGAUUCCUGGCACAGCAAAACAUCGGACUGUAUGUGUUCGACAAGUCCUUCUAA